AUGGGGUCAUACGAGAUCGGUCAGAACGUUGGUUUCUUCAUGAUGGACAACGCAAGUAGUAACGACACUUGCAUUCGAGAGCUGGCGAAGCGCUAUCCUGUCAUCAAGCCUCAGAGUCGCCUGCGCUGCGUCGGCCAUAUGCUCAACCUAAUCGUCAAAGCCCUUCUCUUUGGGCAGGGUGUCGGCAAGUUGGAGAAACAGCUUUGCGGCGCGUCUGAAGUGGAGCGUUUUGAAAUCUGGAGAAAGCAUAGCUUCAGGGCGGUCAAGCUCCGUCAUGCGAUUGAUCUGUUCUUCCUCAACUAUUGCUACGGUGGCGUAGGGGCCGAGCCAACAAAGCUGGCCUGGAAGGAUCACAUGGCCCUUCAUGAAACAAUUGAAUCAUUCGAUGUCCUCUUCAAAAAGCUCCAAGAGGCCGGAAGAUUUGCCGAUGACCAUCCCGACGUGGUUUCAACGUAUUAUUCCCACGCAAUCGAUGCUGCUCGCAUCAAGCUAGAAGAGUACUUCGGCCUUACCGAUGCCACCCCAGCUUAUCGGUGCGCUGUCGCAUUGCAUCCGGCGAAUAAGUUUGCUUACUUCGAACUUGAGUGGAGUCACAACAAGCAGUGGAUCAGUGAGGCAAAGAGCGUGGUUCAAGAAGUUUUCGCAGAAUACGAAGACGCAUACAUGGAAGCGGACGCUGCGGACCAUGAGGAGGCUUCGUCGCUGGCCCUAGGAGAAGUCGUCGCUGAUAAGGCUGGCGAUGAUCUCGUCGCCCUUGACCCACUCCAGGAAGCUCGCAAACGCCGACAGAUGCUGGCUGAGCUUGCGGCGUCCGUCGAAGAUCCCUUGCAAUGGUGGAUCUGUCAUGCGGCAGACUACCCAGUUCUGUCGCAAAUGGCUUUCGACUUGUUCACUUGUCCAGCAAUGAGUGCUGAAUCUAUCGAAUGCCAAAAGCACCUACUUCGAUCUGGCAUGCUAUCGUAG